AUGAGCGCGACAGGAAUACUUUCACUGUGUGCGCGACGUUCAAUUCGUCCAUUCCAAUUUCCUAUGGGCGUUUUUCAGUUACAGAAAAGAAAACUUCAUGAUCAGAGCGAAGCCCAAGCAGCGGAUUCUAAUCCAGCGUAUGAUUUCGUUCGACGUCAUCUUGGUCCAAAUGAAAGACAAACGAAGGAAAUGCUUCAAGCGUUAGGCCUGAAAUCCAUGGACGAACUAAUCGAUAAAACAGUUCCAGCUGCCAUUCGCUUUCGUGGAAACAUGAAUAUUCCUGAAGCACUUUCGGAGCAUCGCGCUUUGAAAGAAGCCGAAGAAAUUGCUCUUCAAAACGAAGUAUGGCGCUCAUACAUAGGUAUGGGUUAUAACGAUUGUAUUAUUCCAACAGUAAUCCAACGAAAUCUAUUCGAAAACCCUGGCUGGUAUACGCAAUACACACCUUAUCAGGCAGAGUUGUCCCAAGGACGUUUAGAAAGUUUACUAAAUUAUCAAACAGCCAUCAGUGAUAUCACAGCACUUCCCUAUGCGAAUGCUAGUUUACUCGAUGAAGGCACAGCCGCUGCCGAAGCCAUGGCAAUGUGUUUUCGUCAUAAUAAACGUCCACGAAUGUUUGUUAGCGAUCAACUUCAUCCACAUGUAAUUGAAGUUAUUCGAACACGCGCUAGUGGAUUUCGUACACAGGUGGAAGUUUUACCCAUUGAGAAAAUGGAUUUUUCGAAAAAAGAUGUGUCCGGUGUUAUUUUUCAAUAUCCUGACACAACCGGAAAUAUAUGUGAUCCUACCGGAUUAAUUGCUCGAGCUAAAGAAAACGGAACUGCUGUUAUCUGUGGUUCAGACUUGCUUGCUCUUUGUCUUCUUAAACCUCCUGGUGAAAUGGGCGUGGACAUCUGCUAUGGCAAUUCUCAACGAUUAGGUGUUCCAUUAGGUUUUGGUGGUCCACAUGCAGCUUUCUUUUCGUGUGCAGAAACAUUUAAACGUGACAUGCCUGGCCGAUUAGUUGGUUUAACAAUUGAUUCACAUGGAGCCAAAGCUUAUCGUUUAGCACUUCAAACGCGUGAACAACACAUUCGACAGGAGAGAGCUACAAGCAAUAUCUGUACUGCACAAGCAUUGCUCGCCAAUAUGGUCGCCAUGUAUUGUUUGUACCAUGGAAGACAAGGCCUCCGAAACAUAGCUACGAAAAUUCAUGUGCUAACUUGUGAUCUUGCCGAAAGUGUCAAAGCCGGUGGACAUUCAAUCAAAAACGAACUCUUCUUUGAUACAUUAAAAAUCAAACCACGAAUGAGUAUCGACGAAAUCAAACAACGUGCGCAAGAAAAACGCAUUAAUUUACGUUAUCAUGAUAAUGGUAGUGUUGGUGUUUCAUUAGAUGAAACAAUGAAUGAGAAUGACGUUGCCGAUUUGAAAUGGAUAUUUAAUGUUGAGAAUCAAUCAUCAAGUGAAACAACACAACGUCCACGUGAUUUUGGUAACUUAACUCGUCAAAGUCGUUUUCUAAAUGCUGAAAUCUUCAAUAAAUAUCGAUCUGAAACGAAAUUAAUGCGCUAUAUGAAACAUUUAGAAAACAAAGAUAUUUCAUUGGUACAUUCCAUGAUCCCACUAGGCUCAUGCACAAUGAAACUGAAUGCUGCGGCAGAACUAACUCCAUGUUCAUGGGCACACUUUAAUCGGAUUCACCCAUUCGCUCCGUCCUCGCAAUGGAAAGGUUAUGUUCGAUUACUCACUGAUCUUAAUCAAUUUCUAUGUGAAAUUACUGGUUACGAUAAGAUAUCAUUUCAACCGAAUAGUGGGGCUCAAGGAGAAUACGCAGGCUUGCGAGUAAUACGAGCAUACCAUGAACACAGUGGUCAACCACAGCGACGAGUUUGUUUGAUUCCAAUAUCUGCUCAUGGAACGAAUUUUGCAUCAGCUAUCAUGGCUGGAAUGAAAAUCGAAAAAGUUCAGUUAGAUAAAAGCGGAGCUGUGGAUAUGAAACACUUAGCUCAAAUAGCUGAAAAACAUAAGGACACACUUGCCUGUGGUAUUGUUACAUAUCCAAGUACCAGUGGAGUUUUCGAAGAAACAAUCAGGGAAUUCUGCGAAAUUAUUCAUAAGAACGGUGGUCAAGUAUACCUUGACGGAGCAAAUAUGAAUGCUCAAGUUGGUUUAUGUCGUCCAGGUGAUUAUGGUUCAGAUGUGUCACAUUUGAACUUACAUAAAACAUUCUGCAUCCCUCAUGGCGGUGGCGGACCUGGCAUGGGACCUAUCGGAGUUAAGAAACAUCUUGCACCAUUCCUUCCAAAUCAUCCUCUACUGGAACGCGGUUCCGAGCAUAAUUCAGAAGAUUCGUACGGUCCUGUUUCAGCAGCUCCAUUUGGUUCUGCAUCGAUUCUACCAAUCUCUUGGAUGUACAUUCGAAUGAUGGGCGCUGGUGGUCUUCGACGUGCAACAGAAACAGCAAUACUCAAUGCUAAUUACAUAGCUAAACGUCUCGAAUCUUCAUACAAAGUCUUAUUUCGUGGCAAAAAUGGUUUCGCUGCACAUGAAUUUAUCAUUGAUGUGAGUCCGUUUAAAGAACGUACGAAUGUGGAUGCCGUUGAUAUUGCCAAACGUUUACAAGACUACGGUUUUCAUGCCCCCACUGUUUCCUGGCCGGUUGCCGGUUCAUUAAUGAUUGAACCAACAGAAUCCGAAGACAAAAGUGAACUCGAUCGAUUCUGUGAUGCAUUAAUCGAAAUUCGAAAGGAAAUCUCUCAAAUCGAAAGCGGAGAAUUCGAUAAAAAAAACAAUCCAUUGAAAAAUGCACCACAUUCACAACAUGUUUUCCUUCAUGAGAAAUGGACUCUACCUUAUUCAUUGAAUAAAGCUGUUUUUCCUAUUCAUUUUGUUUCACCCAAUUACAAAUUUUGGCCGUCAUGUGGACGUGUGAAUGAUGUCUAUGCUAAUCAAAUUACUUAUUCACUUUGCGUACUACUUUACAUAACAAAUAUGGCCAAUGCGAAUCCUAUUCGUGAACUCAAACUUCAUAGUCCAGCAGGUGUUGAGCCAGCUGUAUUUACUUGGCCGAGUGUUGAACGACAGAAUACGAAAAAAGAUGGCGUGUUUGUUGGUGGUGAUGAGAUUGUCAAAACAAUUCGUUUAGUUUUCGAAGAUUAUCCUGCAUUGUACCAACAAAAUCUUGGACUUUCAACAUGCGACAUACAUUCAUAUACACAAAUGAAAGAACUGUGUGAUAAAUUCAAUAAAAUUAUUGAUACACACAUCAAACUAAAUCGAGGCACAGAAGCGUUUUCUGCUCGUCUGGAACAACGUGCUACAUCGAAAUUAUUUCGUCAUAUUCUUGCUCAAGUGUACAGUCGAGCAGUGAUCGAUCCAGAUAAACUACGUGAUUAUGAACCAUUUUCACCCUCAGUUUAUGGUGAAACGUCACCUGAUUUGAUCGAUUCGAUACUUAAAGUGAUCAACCUAACCGAAGAUCAAACCUUCAUUGAUCUUGGCUCAGGUGUUGGUAAUGUUGUUCUACAUGUUGCUGCAUUAGCCAAUUGUAAACAUGUCUAUGGAAUUGAAUACGAAGAAACGCCGGCGGGUUAUGCGCGUGCCAUGGCGGAUGAAUUUCGUUCGUGGAUGCGUUGGUACGGCAAACAGUAUUCCGAUUUUCAGCUGGAACAAGGCGAUUUCUUGGUGCAUGAGAUGAUUGAUGAGAGAAUUAAAGAAGCUGAUGUGAUUUUUGUGAAUAACUAUGUGUUUGGCUCGAGAGUGAAUCAUGAGUUGAAGGUGAAAUUCAUGAAUAUGAAAGAUGGGGCAAGGAUAGUAUCAUCACGAGAAUUUUGUCCGGAAACGUUUCGAUUGAAUGAUCGAACGAAAAACGACUUAGGUGCCGUUAUGCAUGUGACAAAGCCCGAAGAACUCUUUGGUAAAGUUAGUUGGUCGGAUAAAUCUGUGCAAUAUUAUCUUCAUAUCAUCGAUCACAGCAAAUUAGCACUGUAUUAUGAAAAGAUGCAUCAAUCACACGGAAAAGGACCUCGAUCGAUUCAUACAAAAUCUAAUGACGACGACAACUCUCUAUCUCCAUCAUCAAACAAUUCAUCUUCGACGAACCCCUCAUCGAAUGGAAGACAUCAACGUCAAACAAAAUCUAUUCCCUACCACCGACCUGACAAGACUGAUGAGAAUCUAUUGCCUCAUCGUGCAUCGAAGCAUUCGAAUCGGAAACGCAAAAGCAAUUCUUCAACAACAAACAAAAAAUCUUAUCCUGAUAAAAGUCAAUUCGACUACGAAUCCGAUCUCUCCAAUGAUGAGCUUCUCACUUCGAAACGUCAUCGCACAUCAUCGAAAGAUUAUCAUUCAACUUUGAAUGAUCUACAUCCCACUAGUCAAACUUAUUCAUCGUCAAACUCCAAUGAACGUUUUAACUAUCGCCAUAUGACAAAACUAGCCAAUGAAAAUCUCGAUAUUCGCCAUUUCCGGGAUUGUUUAUCCGAACAAGAAGACCAACAGUUCUUCGAUUCGAUUAACACUUAUCUGGAUCGCUUUCGACAACGUCUCUUUUCAUAUUUUACCUAUAUGAAGUCAAAUGCUUACCGUGAACAUCUGAAACAACAAGUUGAGAAUGAGAAAGAGCUAAAUCAAACAUUGAAGACAAAAGUUAGUUGUCUGGAGAACAACAUCAAGCUGUUACUUGAAGAUACAAUAAAUUUACUCAAACUACGUACGAAUGAGUUGGGUAUCGAGGAUCUCGAGCGACCAGUUCAAUUAAUAACUUAUGCCAAUGAUAUCUCCAGUAAACACAAAGAACUACGCUCGAAAGUCGUUACAUUGGAAAAAGAAAUCGCUGAAUAUGAUCAAGAAAACGAAAGAUUAUCAGUUAUUUUACAAUCGAUUCAAACCAACGGUCAUCAUUCGUUGACAACCAGUCAUUCUAUUAACGACAACACUUAUUCAACAUUAUUAGCAAGUAUGAGUAAACAGACUCAGCAGCAAGAAAGUACCAAGCAAUCGUAUCCAACACUGGAGAAGGGAAGCACAUUACGAUCAAUUGAAUAUCCGUCGUCUUCAAAUCCAAUUUCCGCAUCAUUGUUUGACAUAAGGAAAAUAGAAAGGAAAUCCGGAUUUACUAUUCCGAAAAAGGUGAAGAAAACUUCAGAUAGUAAUUCGAUGAUUUCACCAACAAAAACAACUGAUAAACGUCCAGGAGCACAAUCUGGGCAAUCUCAAUCAAUGACAACAUCUGCGAGUACCAACAGCCUUCUCUCUGCUAAACAAUUAGAACCCGUUCAAGUUCAUUCAGUUGGACAACAAUCUAAACAACAACAACAAAAACCACCGCAAGCAGCCGUUAUUCAAUCUGUUAGUGUCAAAACAUUGCUAAGUAGUCCAACGUCAUCAAGUACAAAAACAUCUCAACUAGCUGAUGAAAUCAGUCGAUCGAUGAUUAUGCAAUCACCGCGUAAAAAACGUGAUUUCUAUGGUAAAUCAUCUGGUCCGUCGGCAACAUCUCCUUCGUCUUCGAGAUCAUCAAACUCAUCGCCGAAUGCGAAAUCUCAUCGUCAUUCGAGCAUAGCCGAUUCUCCAUCGACAAAUACUCGUCCUUCAUCUACACCAGCAUGUACAGCUACUGUUCCUUCCACCACUCUACCGGACCGACCUGUUUCCAUCCCUCCAUUGAAAUCUUCUACUUAA